UUUCCUCUUCCCCCUGCAAUCUAAGCCUGGUCUGCAAAUUCUCUAGCCUCCGGUCUUUCUCUCUGAGAAACCUCACGGAAUAGGCUACUUACCUCCUGCUCUAAGUGUUCGAGGCAGCCGAAUCCUCUGCUGCUUGUUAGGAGUUUUCCACAGCAGGCUCUGUGCUACACUGUAGCUGAGAAUAUACUAAGAAAAUGACACAUUUUAACAAGGGGCCAGCCUACGGAUUAUCUGCCGAAGUGAGAAGCAAAAUUGCUCAGAAAUAUGACCCACAAAAGGAGGAGGAGCUCCGCUUCUGGAUUGAGGAGGUAACAGGAAUGUCUAUUGGAGAGAACUUUCAGAAAGGCUUGAAAGAUGGAGUCAUCCUCUGCGAACUAAUUAAUAAACUGCAUCCUGGCUCAGUGAAGAAGAUCAACCUUUCACAGCUCAACUGGCACAAGCUGGAAAACCUUGGGAAUUUCAUCAAAGCUAUCCUGGCCUAUGGCCUAAAGCCCAAUGACAUCUUUGAGGCCAAUGACCUGUUUGAAAAUGGGAACAUGACUCAAGUCCAGACCACACUGCUUGCACUGGCAAGCAUGGCAAAGACCAAAGGUAUGGACACAAAGAUCGAUAUUGGAGUGAAAUACGCAGACAAACAAGCACGACAUUUUGAUGACGAGAAGAUCAAGGCUGGUCAGUGUGUCAUUGGACUGCAGAUGGGGACAAACAAGUGUGCCAGUCAGGCUGGAAUGACUGCUUAUGGAACCAGAAGACAUCUGUAUGAUCCAAAGACUCAGACUGACAAACCCUACGACCAGACCACCAUCAGCUUGCAGAUGGGAACCAACAAAGGAGCCAGCCAGGCAGGCAUGUCAGCCCCUGGUACCCGCAGAGACAUCUAUGACCAGAAGGUGGUGCAGCAGCCACUGGACAACUCCACCAUCUCCCUCCAGAUGGGCACCAACAAGGUGGCAUCUCAGAGGGGUAUGAGUGUGUACGGUCUGGGUCGACAGGUCUACGACCCAAAGUACUGUGCCCCCCCAACAGAGCCGGUCAUCCACGCCAACGGCAGCCAGGGUACCGGCACCAAUGGCUCCGAGAUCAGCGACAGUGACUAUCAGGCUGAGUUCCAGGAGGACGAGUACCAUGGAGGUUACCAUGAUGACUACAGCUCCCAUUACAAUGAUCAGAGCAUUGACUAUUAGUGGAGACUUCCACCGCCAGAUCAGUAUUAACUAGUAUAUUUCAUCAACUUCACAACAGAGCAAGUCUUUUGCUAUCCUCACUAGUUUUUUUUUCUUGUGUUGAAGCAUACAAUGCAGUAGGGCUACACGAUAUUGGAAAAAACUGACAUUGCAUUUUUUUGUUUUGUUUUUUGUUUUGCAAUAUAUGUUGCCAUUUUAUAAAAUACAAGAAUUUUCACCAGAUGACUUGAAUAGCUCUAUUGGAAAGAAUUAGGUUGACUCACCACAACACCAUUGUAUUCAUAUAAUACCCUUCUAUAGAGUGUGCCAGGGCUGACGUCAAAACCCGGAAGUUUAGCAUUGCGCUUGCCUGAGUGUCAGACUGAAGCUCGCAGAACCUUCAGUCUGACAUUGCCUCCAUUGAAGGCGAUUUACAAGGGGGAGGGAAUUUGAUUUUUCCCUAACCAGUCAGUAGAGAUCAACGACUCACCCAGAAUCUGACGUCAUUAGUAUCCAUGCCUUGGGGGUGCCAAAAACAAGCGAGCAUUGCCCAUUUAAAAUGUCUCCGUCGUCGUGCACGCCCAGCUGCAUCGCCGUUAAAUCCAGUUUAGCAGCUUCCUUAAUUUGGUCCUCCAUUAACGCGAGUAGUGGCGAAAUACCUCGAUAGCAUCGUUAAUGUGGUCUGUAGGAUCUGUAGCGGUCGCCAUUGUUGCUAUCCUCACCAGUUACCCACCGGCGUACAGCUUGACAUCAGCGUGGCACUGAUUGGCUAAUCGCUAGACCCGCCCCCACCCCCGGCGUUCAUUGGUCCAUCCAUCGUUUGGACAAGAUAAAUCGCAAAUUCAUUGCAGUAUGCCAGACCAGAGAUGCAAGCCUACUCAGUUGAGUGGGCGGGGUCUAUGGUCUGGAACCAGGCUAGCAUCACGCUGGUUCCCAGAAGAGAAAGUGAAUGUGAUUUUUGCAUUGCGUUUUGGAUUAUGUCAGAAAAUAAGCUCUGUGGCUAACACAAGUUUAUGAUACAUACAGGUUUUGUUCAGUGAGAUAAUCUUCACAUAUGAACACCUUUCAUACCGCAUUUGAAGCUUAAAUGUGAUUGGCAGAAGUAAAAAGCUAACGUUAGGCUUUAAUGGACUACAUGACUACUCUACGGUCGCAUGACUCUUGACGUCACAGCUACUAAGCUUUCAACUGAUUUUGGCCGCUUUAUUUUAAAAACAUUGUAUAAUGGGGAAAUCGGACUGUUUAAGCUAAAUAAGAAGCUGUAAUGGCGGACUGCCAGCACUCUCGCCUGUUCGGGGGUGAUGACGUUUAAUGUCCCCGACAGGGUUUGUUGUCGUAUUGAGCAGCUUGUUAGCAAUCGCCUUUUUUACGACACGUAAAAGCUUCAAAAUUCACAAGUAGGGUAUUUACUGACAUGUUUUAUGUCGUAGAACAAAACCUGAAACUCGCUUAAGCUUUUGUUAACCACAGAUCUUAUUUGAGGCAUUUUACCAAAAUCCCAUUCAAAAAACGUAUUGACUUUUAGACGAGAGAACUGGAAGUGCUAAAAGCACUAACGGAGUUCUGGGUUUACUGGCACACUCUAUUAAUCCAGGCUAAGGUCAGUGAUCUAACAAGUCAUACUCUAAAAUAAGGGGGUUCAUCUGUGAAUGAAGAAGAUUGCUGGUAUAUAAAAGGGAUCCAGGAGGUCAUGUCUCUGUACUCCAGAUUAAACAGAGCAUUAGGGAUAUCAUCUUUUUUUAUAUCCGAAAUAGUUCCAUAUUUCGGACGUUGACCUUCUUUUGGGUACUAAAUCCACCUUUACCAUUUCUCCCUCUUGCAUGUCGCUCAUUUUCAGUGUGUGACUCCAGCGUGUGUGUGUGUGUGUGUGUGUGUUGUGUGUGUGUGUGUGUGUGUGUGCGUGCGUGUGCAUGUGUCAGAGAGAGAGGCGAGUGGAGCGGAGCAAGGAGCUUUCUUCAGAGCUGCUUUUCUGAAGCAAAACAAAAGUUUAUAUGUUCUAAAAAAAGAGAAAACAUUGCAUGUCCUGCGAUGUGACUAUCGCACAUGCACACAUCGCGAUGGCGAUGUUCAAACGAUAUAUUGUGCAGCCCUACAAUGCAGUGUUGUGUUCAGUGCUUUCCUUCUUCACCUAGACCCUUUCCUCUGAGCAGCAAAGGUUGUACGAACUGUAGUGGCAUAGAAUAAUGACAUGCAGAGAUACAGUGAUGAAAAAGUUUUUAAUACAUUCUUUUAAAAACAUACCUGAAUGAUGGAACACUGAAGUGAUAACUUUGUGAACCUGUGAUGUAGCAUCAGGUGAGACUGCAGCAUUCCAUGUUUGUAUUCCUGGACUGAAACUGGGCUGAUGAUCCACGUGAAAGGAAUUCAACAAUAGGCUGAAUUAUAUGCCUUAUCUCCCUGUCUGUAUUCAGCCACAAUAACAGCCACAGUUUGUGAUAGUGUUAUUCCUUUUAUUUCUUUUUUUUUUUUUUUACUACAUUUAAUCACUAUACCAUCUUUUUUUCUUUUUAUGAUAAGCAUGGUGGCUGUUUAGUUUUAGUGCAGAUGACCAAAAUCAAGCUAACUCUAAUUUACAGACAGACGUCCUUGUUUCAUUACAUUACAUAUAUUUUCAUGUUAUUUUCCUUAUAUUUCUAAAGUGUAUUUAUUGCCAUGUCUCUUAUUGUGAAACAGUCCACCAUUAUAUGGUUCAUAAAGAAAAAAUUAUAUAUA